AUGGAGGCGGAAUAUGGUGAAGUUGGUGAAGGCGUAUUUGAAGGGGAGACGGAAGCCGAGUCGGCAGUCGAAGUGUUCGGUGAGAGAUUGGGGCAAGUUGAAGCGGACGCAGAAAGUGAAGCGGUAGAACAGGUUGAAUCGGAACGUGUGUCUGUGUUCGCUCCAGUCGAAUUGGAGUCUGAGGCGCUUGCAGAGACUGCAGCACAACCGGAACGGGAACGAUUGGUUGAGCGUGUCGGUGAGAUGGAGGCGGAAUAUGGUGAAGUUGGUGAAGGCGUAUUUGAAGGGGAGACGGAAGCCGAGUCGGCAGUCGAAGUGUUCGGUGAGAGAUUGGGGCAAGUUGAAGCGGACGCAGAAAGUGAAGCGGUAGAACAGGUUGAAUCGGAACGUGUGUCUGUGUUCGCUCCAGUCGAAUUGGAGUCUGAGGCGCUUGCAGAGACUGCAGCACAACCGGAACGGGAACGAUUGGUUGAGCGUGUCGGUGAGAUGGAGGCGGAAUAUGGUGAAGUUGGUGAAGGCGUAUUUGAAGGGGAGACGGAAGCCGAGUCGGCAGUCGAAGUGUUCGGUGAGAGAUUGGGGCAAGUUGAAGCGGACGCAGAAAGUGAAGCGGUAGAACAGGUUGAAUCGAACGGUGUCCUGUGUUCGCUCCAGUCGAAUUGGAGGUCUGAGGCGCUUGCAGAGACUGCAGCACAACCGGAACGGGAACGAUUGGUUGAGCGAUGUCGGUGA